AUGAAAGCCUUCAUUGAACGCAAAGAAAGUUCUUCGGAUUUGCUGAGCAGAUACAAAGCAAGAAAAAUGUUAGGAGUUGGUGAAUCGUCUGGUAAUGUCGUUUCUUCAAAGGUGACGCAACUACUUGGCGAUUCUAAUGAAGCAAAACUAGAUAUUCAAGAUAUUCCAUGUAUACACUGUUGGAAUUAUCUGAUGGCUUUAUUGAUAUUAUUCUUUGGAUUACUGCUAAUAGGAUUUCCGACACCACAUAGUAACUGGUUUCUUCAAAGAUUAUUUCCAAUCUCAGAUAACUAUGAUAGUACAAUAUCAACUGAAUCUUGCAGUAUUCCAAGAGACUUUAAUAUUCAAUCCAUUUACAAGCAUCUUGGAUGUUUACAUUUAGUUAUUGCUUCAGGUAUGCUUUAUUCUCUUUUGAUGAUAAAAAUGAAUGGAAUCUAUGUAUCACAAUUAUUAUCGUCUGCUUAUUCAGCGACUUUUGUGACAGAUUCCUCAGUUAUGCACACCGAAGGCUAACCAUAUAUUUAACCUAGAAAAAUGCAUGUUUUGUGUCUCCAGAUUAAUAGUUUGUUUUCUUAACUCGAAUCAAUUUACGAUAACGCUCGAUGAUCAGCUGAUGCCAUCGAUAGUGACUACCUUGAUCCUAACAUGGUUGAACUCCAUCAGUCAUAAAUCCCAAAUAGAGUGUUAAAAUUUUUCUUGAACCUCGUCUCUACUGAGCCGUCAAUCAUAAAACCAAUAUCGUUUUUAUGGAAAUUGUUUUGAUUUAUAGAUAGUUUUUGUUUGUGAUCGAUAUCAACUCAGUCAACAUUAUCUUGCUGCUUUUCAAGUAAACAAUAAUUUCUGACAUUGUAUUUGCUUCUCAGACGAAGCAUAUUUAAAAUGUAUUUUCUGUGUUUUUUAUCAUAUAAAAAACUACUAAGAAACACUUGGCAUUUUUAUAAAUUACUCUAAUGGAUUUUCGUUUUCUGAGCUAGACAGCUUAGUCAUAAAGCUUUCACUGUCCUUCUGAACAAUAUCAUCAGCAAAAACUGACAACCUGUCCUGACUAACUUGAUCUAGAAUAGUUAUUCUUGAACUUCUGAUUUCGCGAAUAAAUCAUUCUGCUAAGAGAACGAAACAAACAAAACCAACCGCCUGAGCUAAAAAUAUCAACCAUUUCAAUUUACAUUAUACACCAUGGUUUAGAUCGGUGUGUAUUUUGAUUAUGAAAAUUCUGCCAUAAAACAUAAGGGAAAGACAGUCAUAUAUGGUCAUACCAAUGAUAGAAAUAGUAAUAGAUUAUCAAUCUCUAUAAAUAAAUAAGAUGAAACUAACUCGGUAGAUGAAAAUCAGUAGAUUGGUAAAAUAAUUCAGUUAUUUAAUACUGUCAGUUUAGGGGUUGUGGAGAUUGUUUAGUUUUUGAUUGAGAUCAUAAGCCAUGACCAGUGGAGCUAAUCCGUGUCGGCUAGAAACAGGUGUCUACCUCAGUACAAUGGAAGAUGGUCUCGCAACUUCGUGGAUUGGUUGAGGUUAAACACUAACACCACUGGAUGCCGGCUCAGUGGCCCAGUAGGUUAUGCGUUCGCGUGCGAUACUGGAGACUCCCUGGUUUCGAAUUACGCGAGCGAGAUCGUGGAUGUGCAUUGCUAAGGAGUCCCACGAUAGGA